CCCCCCAUAGUUGGAGAGGGAGUGUGUCAGAGAAUGCAUGGCAAGGUUAGUGGACUGGAGAAAAAAAGUCCCUGAGUGAAAAGGUUAAAGGACCGGACAACAAAAAUAUCAAGAUAAUCCGAAGUUGAGGUUGCAUUAGUGCAAGGAACUUUAAAUAACAUACUCUAACCAAGUUCCUACAGUGACCAAACAACAGACGAUCCAAUAAUGUUUGAAAGAAUAUAAGUCGUGAACAGUAAACAAUUUAACUGGAUAAAAUUUGGAAAGAAAAAAGUUCAGAGAAGUCUUCAAAACCAGCCACCUGGCCGCUAAAGAAACAAGAUAUUAAUCACCAGAGGGCCACAUAGUGGAGAGAAGCAGAACAGCGAAAGCAUCCUCCUACGGCAGAUGCUGCACUCCUAACCCCAUCGUACCGGAUGUUUGUGGGAGGAUCAAACUAACAGGGGAUACACUAGGAGCAUCAGGUGUCUGUCCAGUUGAAAAUGGUGCUGCAGGUCAGCACAGACCGGGAGGAGGAAACUAACAGCAGGUCCCCAAGAUGCACCUUACUCAGUUCUUGCUCUCACCGUCUAGUGACCAAGGACGGACAUAGCACCAUUAAGGCUGUAGGAAUGCAAGGACAAGGUCUGUCUUACCUGCGCGACAUCUGGGGUUUGUUACUGGACAUGCGUUGGCGUUGGAUGAUGCUAGCUUUUGCUGCCUCCUUCCUGGCUCACUGGCUUCUGUUUGCAGUGUUUUGGUACCUUCUUGCUGAGAUGAAUGGAGACCUGGCACUAGACCAUGAUGCCCCACCAGAGAAUCACACUAUCUGUGUUAAAUACAUCACUAGCUUCACUGCCGCGUUUUCAUUCUCACUGGAGACCCAGCUUACCAUUGGAUAUGGCACCAUGUUCCCCAGUGGGGACUGUCCAAGUGCUAUUGCUCUGUUAGCAGUACAGAUGCUGCUUGGGCUCAUGCUGGAAGCUUUUAUUACAGGUGUUUUCGUAGCCAAGAUCGCAAGGCCUAAGAAUCGAUCCCCCACAAUCAUGUUCUCAAGACUGGCUGUGGUGGGAAGCCCUGAAGGAAAGCCAUGCCUGAUGUUCCAGGUGGCCAACACUCGACCAAGCCCCCUAACAAUGGUGAAAGUCAGCGGAAUCCUUUACCAAGAGAGAGGUGAUGGCCAAAUCCAACAAACAAGUGUAGACUUUUCACUGGACAAUCAAACAAGUGGGACAGAGUGUCCUUUUUUCUCCUUCCCUCUUACAUACAACCACAGUCUCUCUCCUGGUAGUCCCUUGGGAGCCCUACUGCAGCGCGAAACAUUAUCCACAUCUGGUCACUUGGAACUUGUGGUCUGUCUGUCAGCAACUCAGGAAACCUCUGGUGAAAUCUGUCAGAGUCGUACAUCCUACCUGCCCAGCGAGAUCCUCCAAGGUCACCGUUUUGCACCAUGCCUAACAAGACGGGCUGAAGGAGGAUAUCGUGUCUGCAUGGAAACAUUUGGAAGGCCACUCCCUGAGCUACCCCAAACCUCACAUAGACAGACAUACAGAACUGAGCUGGAGGUCUGUGCUAACGGACAAAGGGGGGACACCUUCCAAAUUUGCGAGACUGGACUGGGGGAGUAACAGCCUGUAAUUCCGAUUUUGUCCUAGUCCCCUUCAGCCAUCCUCGCUUUAAUAACCAAACUGUCCCUUUUCCAAAGGAAAUUCACACUGGAUAUGAGGGGUGGUGUUAAUAUGGCUCCAAAGACUGUUCUGUGAUAAAUUACUGCAGUACAAUAAGCACUGUAUCCCCUUUGCCGCAGAAGGGGCCUAAAGGGCAUUGCCUGGCUGACAUGCACAACUAUGAAAACAAUAAUGAAUUACUCAAAGGACUCCGAGCACUCCAGUGGUGAAGACACAAUAGGUUAAAAAGACAAAGUUGUGUGCAAACUGUGGACAUGCACAUAUAUAAAUGUAUGUAUACAUAUGUACAGCAGGAAAGCAUACAUAAAAACAAGUGCAAAUGAAACAAUGGACAUAUUUGGGAAGCAAAACCUCAUUGUUAUACACAACAUAGGUUUGUUUGUUUUAGCAGAUUGUCCACCAUAAAGUGGAAAGCACUACAUGUAACAAAGCAAUGAGAGAAUAGAACCACACCCAAGAUAUAACCGGACACAUACAUACAAGUGCAUGUGGUACACAAGAAAAAAAUCCAGGUACACCUACAUAGAAGUUUACGAAGAUGUGCAUACCUGUCUUAACACAAAAGCAAAUCUUUGUCAUCCUAAAGAUUUUUAGGGCUCUUUUUCUUCUUCUUUAGUAAUAGACACAGGUGUAUAAUAUACACGUUAUUGAAGAACAUGCUGAAGCACACGCAUGCGUUUAAUCUUCCUGUCGAACCAGACUGUUCUUAGUGGCAAGGCUGUACUAACUCUUAAUUCCCAGCUGGCUGAUUACAGAGAACAGUUCCAUGCCAGAGCAUGAAGAAGCCAAGGGACUGCACAAAGGCUGGUCCUGCUACAUCCACUCAAUAUACUUCUGACAAUAAACCUGAAUAAACUGUGUGGUUCUGGGUGG